CUCGUUUUUCUGUGGCAGACAGUCCUGCCCAGCUUUCCAUCCUCUCGCCAGCUUCUUCCCUCCUUCCCAGCCAGCCAGGAGCAAACAGCCUCACAAGCAGCAGAUGAAACAGGAAGUCUGACAGCUCGAGUCUGCAGUGGGACCCCUAGUGUUUUCCCACUCCAUGUCCUGGCAUCGUUCCCCAGAAGUACAAACACACACACACAGAGCUCCCAUUGUUGCAGCCUUCCCCAGCCCACUGAUCCUAAUAUGGAAUGCAGCAGGAAACCCAUGAUUUCCUGACACUCCACAAGCUGGAGGAAGCGAGGGGAAAAAACUCCAUUAAAAAGCCCAGCUUUCCUCCAUGUUAGAUGUGCACUGGAAAAUGGGGAAGACUUAGCAAAAUUCCUCCGUGUCUUCAGCCAGGCUGGAAAGGGGGAGAGCAGAGCAAAACCCUCAGGGCUGCUGAAAUUUCUAGACUCUGAGGAAGCUCCUAGAAUUCUGUGAAAAUGAGGGUUUCUUAACUGAUAGGGGAAAGGGACAGGACCCUUUUUAUAAUUCCUCCCAAGGGUGUGCUACCUUUCUCUGCCAGCAUGGUAAGCGACAGGGCAUAUCCCAGCCUCGGACAUGUCUGCAUGAGCCAAGGUACCAAAAGUAAGGCAGAGUAAACUCAAGCCUGGCACUGGCUUCCCGCCGCUUCAUGUGCUUUGGAAGAAGCAGGGGAAGCAGCAGCAGGAGCCCCGGCAGCUGGAGCCGCCAGAAUGAACUGCAGAGAGGGAACUGACAGCAGCUGUGGCUGCAGUGGCAACGAGGACGAGAAGAAGAUGCUGAAGUGUGUGGUGGUCGGGGACGGUGCCGUGGGGAAAACCUGCCUGCUGAUGAGCUACGCCAACGACGCCUUCCCGGAGGAGUAUGUGCCCACCGUGUUCGACCAUUAUGCAGUUACUGUGACAGUGGGUGGCAAGCAACACUUGCUCGGACUGUAUGACACCGCAGGACAGGAGGACUACAACCAGCUGAGGCCGCUCUCCUACCCCAACACGGAUGUGUUUUUGAUCUGCUUCUCUGUCGUAAAUCCUGCCUCUUACCACAAUGUCCAGGAGGAAUGGGUCCCCGAGCUCAAAGACUGCAUGCCUCACGUGCCUUACGUCCUCAUAGGAACCCAGAUUGAUCUCCGUGAUGACCCCAAAACUUUGGCCCGUCUGCUGUAUAUGAAGGAGAAACCUCUCACGUACGAGCACGGGGUGAAGCUUGCAAAAGCGAUUGGAGCACAGUGCUACUUGGAAUGCUCCGCCCUGACUCAGAAAGGUCUCAAAGCGGUUUUUGAUGAAGCAAUUCUCACCAUUUUCCACCCCAAGAAAAAGAAGAAACGCUGCUCUGAGGGUCACAGCUGCUGUUCGAUUAUCUGAGGUUGCUUGAGACCCGCCUCUUCCCUAUCUAAGGGUGAGAAUGGCAGCCAGUCUCCGCCACCACGCUCCAGCCAAAAAGGAGGGCAUGAACCGGAAGGAAUUCCCUUCCCGCCGAGGCUUGCCCCACCACCCUGCGAGCCCUCCCACGGACAGCCCACUAGUCAGCCAAUUGCCACCUACGUCCUCCCCGCCAGCCGGAAGCAUCCACACUGCGGACUCUCCGAGAAUGUUGGGCCCGGGUUUCAGACAGUGCCACUGCUGCACACAUUGGAAACAAAGUCAAAGGCCAUCUUGCAUUUUAUAUCUCUCCUGCCCAUGAACAUGAAGCUGAUAGGAAAUCAUGACAGAAAAACUAAGAGAGGAACUCGGUUCCUAUAUUGGUGGCCUUACUUAAUGUCUUUUACAAAACAUGGGACUACAAUACUAAUGGUUUUUUUCUGAUUCUGCUGUUCCACCCAUGUGUCUCACAUUCGUUUGUAUUAUGUCAAGAUAUUGACUAAUUUCCAGUUGCUCAGGCAUUACAAAUCCAUACCAAAUUAGCCUAAAGACAAGGCAUUUUAUAUCCAUUUCUAUUUUCAGCAUGUUUCUACCAAAGCUAUUAAAACCAACACAUACCUCUGAAUGUCUGAUCACAAGAAGACACAGGAAAACUUUAAGAAAUUGACAGAGCCAUUAUUUUUAAACCUGGUUGAACGCAAACACCAUCUGAAUUGGCGCAGGUCCACGUUUUUUGCCAAAGAUUCACACUCUACAAAUGCUUAAAUUGAUAGUUUGAUUUUUUUCCAUAUUAUAUUGCCAUGGCAAACUAAAAAUGAACUGUUUACAAAAGUAGUAUUUCUGUUUUUCCUUCAAAUGGAGUGGGGGAAGAACAUAGAAGGACCCAUCUUUUAAAAUACUGUUUACUCAGCAAAGUGGACCUUCCUGUUUCCUUCCUUCCCCAAUGCAUGCCCUUUUCCUCCCUUGAUUUCACACUUUCUCCCAUGCCCAGAUCCUUUUGUUCUCCCCAGUUAUCACCUAAACCAAAAGAAGGAUCUGGCCAUCGGGCAUGAAAAAGCAAGUGUUUAAAAAUACCUAAGGUCAAGGAAAGUGCCUCUGUUGUUCUACUUGCUCCAAAUGAAAGUGCUUUCCAGCUUGCCCCACCUAAGCUCCGUUCCAUUUAAGUCACAUUUUCCAGUUACAACUGUUACUAAAAUACUGCCUCUUUCCUUAUUCAUUCUCCCAAAUGUCUAAAUAGGGGCCAGAUCUGUGGGUAUCAAGCUCUGAAUCCCCUGCCUUCCAGAAUUACGUGCUACAAAGAACAGGGACUUUGGCCCUGUGGAAAUAGAAGCUCCCAGCAAGGAAUCAUGUGCCCAAUCAUGUGUGACAAUUCCAAACAUCCAGGAACUUUUGCAUCAUAGAGUUACUUCCUUUUAAUUAGAGGCUAUGAGCGCUUCUCAUUAGUCUUAUUUGCUUAUAAAUGCCCUGGAAUUACCCAGGUAGGCACUUAAUUUUUUAUUUUAAUUGCAUAAGCAAAGUACAUCUUUGCGGUAUGAAAUUACAGCAAUUUUAUUUUAAGACUUUCCAGACUCAAGCUCCCUCUAUUAGAAAAAGCCAGUCUUUCCAGUACCUUCUUCUACUGGAGGAAGCACAUAAGAAAAGAAUUGUGUGGUAUGAGUCUUUUCUAUUAAGGUCUUCCAUGACAACCUCUCAGUUUCAGGGAGUUUGUUGGUUUGUUUGGAAUUUCUGAAAGGUGUUUUCUCUUCUUGUACAUUUCAAGUACUAUUUCCCUUCUCUCCCAUCUAAUUGCUAAACAUUUUUUUUAAAUAUGCACACACAUUUCACACAAGAGAAAACGGGAGUUUUGUAAGUCAAAGCUUGACAUUUAGAGAAGACUUUCUGCCUUCGUAAAUGGAAAUCAACUGUGUAUGAACUGUAACUCUGCAGAGGUUAUGAAUCCACCCUUUACAAAAAAUGAUGAGCAUUUAGCCCCAUAAUAAAUGAAGUGCUAUUAGCCAGUUUUGUUACAUUAUUGCAUAGCUACGUCUUGCUAAAGGGCCACUCCUCACUUCUCAUUGAUGUGGAUGAAAAAUUGAGAGCAUUAUGUUUCCAAAUGUGUUCACUCAACAGGCAAAUAGUUCCCCAGGUCAUCGCCUCCUUAAUGGGCCACAGGGAUUAACUUGUUUGUGGUGGAAAGAUCAUUCUCUUCCCGAGAACUGGAUAGAGACUGCCAGUGUCUGGAUGGAGCAGACUCUCAGAGAUCCUAGGAGCUAAUAACCGAAUAAAACAAUGUAGAACAAAGCAACCUAAAUGAGUUACUUCACGCUGCCAAAUUAAUCAUUCAUUCAUUCCUUGUUUCAUGGCAAGAUCUAGCUCAUUUCACUAAAAAGUGUUUUCUGCCAUAAGACUAAAUAAAACUAUGUUCUGAAA